GGGGUUUCUUGUGAAGCUUUCCUGGGAAGCUCUCGAGCCAUGGGGGGCUGUGCGCCGAACUGUGCUCCGAACUGUGCGCCGAACUGUGCGCCGAACUGUAAAUUCUCGCCGCCCAUCGAGGUGUGUGGGGUGGAGGAGUGUGCCCCGCCCAUCGAGGUGUGUGGAGUGGAGGAGUGUGCCCCAAUCAAACUUGAAGAGGAGGUCCUGGACGAUCGGCAGUCGAAGACUCUGCAGCUCUUGCAGGGGCAGUGGUACAACAGAGAGGGGGAGCUGACUGGUGUCAUCGCCAACGAGAAGAUCUGGUGGAUCAAGCCGUGCCGCAGUGUCGACGGUGAUUUUCCAAGUGGAAAGGAGGAGGUCAUCAUGACCCGGGUGUGUGGGUCCGUGGUCUAUGGCAUUGUGGACCUUGGGGCGCAGGCGUCCAUCACCUGGACCUCCGGCGAUCUCUGGCUCCGGAAAUAGUCUGAGUGACCAGAAACCGCCGGGGCGCGCUUUGCACCCCGAGACCCGGGGAGCCGCUCGUGAUGCGCCGCGUACCCCAAGUCUUUUUUUGCUCGGCACGGAGGCGGGGCCCGGCGAUGGGUUCCCCGAGCCUCAGAUCGAAACAAGCUGUGCAUUGGUUUAGAGAGGAGCAAGGAGGGUGUCUGUCUCAGAGGUGGCCCAGCCAAAUAUUCUCAGGAAACGGUCUAACUGAUUGUCGCUGCACGGCAGUCCGGCGCCUACCUCGCACCAGGCAAUGUCAUAGCAUCGGAUGCUGUGCAUACUUCGCGAUUGCUUGACCGGAGCGGGCGACUUUCUCAGUGUAGCCCCUUAGGAAUGCGCUUCUAGCGACCUUACACAGAGAUCUCACAACCGCAACCACGAUGAAGGUUCCUUUCGCAG